AGCUCUCUAUUUCUUUCAGGCUUUGAGAUAUUUGGAACUGCGAGAGUUUCCACACUCGUAUUCUCCAUUAUCUCAUUUUCUUUCUUUUCUUGUUUCUGUGAUUUUUUUUCUCUUUUUCUUGCUAAAAAGAUUGUGGAGAAACUAAGAAAUAGAGAGAUAUUUGAUAAUUCUAUAGAAGAUGAAGCAUAAAGAUGGGAAACCGGUUUACCAGCAGGAUAGAAGUUCCAGAGUUGUCCCAAUGUCAAUCAUGUUUGUUGUGCUGUGUGGGUUCUCUUUCUAUCUUGGCGGAAUAUUCUGCUCAGAGAAGCAUAGAUUUUACACCAACGAAGCCAAGGAUGUUGUAAAAGUUUUCCAAUCUUCAUCAAAUUCAGCAGCAGCGUCCUCUCUCCAAAUAAAGUCUGUCUCUUUCUCCCAAUGCAGCGGCGAAUAUCAAGAUUACACUCCUUGCACUGAUCCAAAGAAAUGGAAGAAGUAUGGUGUUCAUCGUCUCACGUUCAUGGAGCGUCACUGCCCUCCUGGUUUUGAGAGGAAAGAGUGUUUAAUUCCCCCUCCAGAUGGCUAUAAGGUUCCAGUCAGAUGGCCGAAGAGCAAGGAUGAAUGCUGGUACCGGAAUGUCCCUUAUGAUUGGAUUAACAAGCAGAAAUCAAACCAGAACUGGUUGAGGAAGGAAGGCGAGAAGUUUCUCUUUCCUGGUGGGGGCACUAUGUUCCCUAGAGGUGUGAGUGAAUAUGUUGAUACGAUGCAAAAACUUAUCCCUGAAAUGACAGAUGGAACCGUUCGGACUGCCAUUGAUACUGGCUGUGGGGUUGCAAGUUGGGGAGGUGAUUUGUUGGACCGCGGAAUACUAACUGUAUCCCUUGCUCCAAGAGAUAAUCAUGAGGCUCAAGUCCAGUUUGCAUUAGAACGUGGAAUUCCAGCGAUCCUAGGCAUUAUUUCUACUCAGAGGCUCCCUUUCCCGUCAAACUCAUUUGAUAUGGCUCAUUGCUCUAGAUGUCUCAUUCCGUGGACAGAAUUCGGUGGAGUUUACCUUCAGGAAAUUCAUCGCAUACUCCGUCCUGGAGGUUUCUGGGUGUUGUCUGGUCCACCAGUAAACUAUGAACGCCGCUGGCGUGGAUGGAACACAACCAUUGAGGAUCAACGAAGAGAUUAUAACAAUCUGCAGAAGCUGCUCACUGCCAUGUGCUUCAAAUUGUACAACAAAAAGGAUGACAUUGCUGUCUGGCGGAAGGCUUCAGACAAUAGUUGCUACAAUAAACUUGCUAAUAAUGCUGAUUCCUAUCCACCAAAAUGUGAUGACAGCCUUGAACCAGAUGCUGCUUGGUACACUCCACUCCGCCCUUGCAUUGUUGUUCCAAACCAAAAACAUAAGAGAACAGAUUUGAAGUCAGUCUCUAAAUGGCCCACCCGGUUGCAUGCUGCUCCAGAACGUAUAUCAGAUAUUCAUGGAGGGAGUGCUAGCACAUUCAAGCAUGAUGAUGACAAGUGGAGGGUGCGUGCAAAUCACUACAAGAAGUUGCUUUCAGCAAUUGGGACUGAUAAGAUUAGAAAUGUGAUGGACAUGAAUACAGUUUACGGAGGCUUCGCUGCAGCUGUGAUUGAUGAUCCUUUGUGGGUCAUGAAUGUUGUCUCUUCUUAUGCUGCCAACACAUUAGCUGUGGUCUUUGACCGGGGCCUUAUUGGAACUUACCAUGACUGGUGCGAAGCAUUCUCUACUUAUCCUCGAACUUAUGAUCUUCUUCAUCUUGAUGCCCUCUUUACUGCUGAAAGUCACAGAUGUGAUAUGAAGUAUGUGCUCUUGGAGAUGGACCGGAUCCUGCGACCAAAUGGCUAUGCAAUAAUCCGAGAAUCUAGCUACUUUGUGGAUGCUGUGGCUGCAAUCGCCAAGGGGAUGAAAUGGGGUUGUCGAAAGGAAAACACUGAGUAUGGAAUCGAAAAGGAGAAGAUAUUGAUCUGCCAGAAAAAGCUCUGGUAUUCUAACAAGAGUUCUCGGUAACAAAUCUGAGAAUUUCAAUUCAUGGAGAUAUUUAGUCUCUUGGAGGGUCGAGUACAACUACUACCACCUCAUAGUUAUUCCAUGGUUAGAAGAAAGAAGCAAAGAGAAGCUACUUCACCACAAAGAGAUCAAUUUUUAGAAUCAAAUUUGUUAAUUGAAGACUCCAAUAAGUUGAUUUUGUUAAUUUUAUAGAGCUUUUUAUAUGAUGCAAAUAUAUUUGUUAAAGGUGCCAAAUCUGUACUUCGGUUAUUUUGCCAUUUUUGGUCCUUGGUUCACCCAAUAUUUGUUUCUUUUGCAUUCUAGGUUAAUUAUGUAAUGAUCUGAAUGCAAUGGGUGGGAAUGUCACACCCUCAUAGUUUAUAUAUAUUUUUGUGUAUUUAUAUUAUAUAAAUGAACGCCGCUGCUGAUUCUUUUAAUGAAUUCAUCAUCAGCAUGCUGUAAUUUUUUUUUA